AUUAUUUAUGUGAUUGCUGGUCUGUUAGAUGGAUAUAGAAAACGCCAAGAAUUAUUAUAAUGCAUGGAGCUGGGCUCGGGUGUGCGCACACAGUUCUCUGCCCGAGCUCUCGGGCUUUUCUGCACCUCCUGCCGCCCUCUCUGCAGUGGAAGGAGAGCGUAUUCAGAAUUUGAAGGCAAGCCGGGUGUACCGAUUGCAUUCGGAUCUAAAAUUAAGGGAAUAAGUGAGCAGCUAUUUGUGGCAGACAGGACAUGAGCCAUCUGUUUGCAGGUCUGGCGGGGGGCCGGGCGGCGGUGGCGGAGGCGGUGGCGACGGGAGAUGCCUGGGCGGCCCACCGAGGUCCAUGUGGCGCUCUAGGUGGGAUGCCGGCGUCCUGAAGGCCGAGGCCCUGGCCCUGCUCCCCUGCGGCCUGGGCAUGGCCUUCUCGCAGUCCCACGUGAUGGCCGCCCGGCGGCACCAGCACAGCAGGCUGCUGAUCGAGGUGGAUGAGUACAGCUCCAACCCCACGCAGGCCUUCACCUUCUACAACAUCAACCAGGGCCGCUUCCAGCCGCCGCACGUGCAGAUGGUGGACCCGGUGCCACAUGACGCCCCCAAGCCACCUGGCUACACGCGCUUCGUCUGUGUCUCUGACACCCACUCGAGGACAGACCCCAUCCAGAUGCCCUACGGCGACGUGCUGAUCCACGCCGGGGAUUUCACAGAGCUGGGGCUCCCAAGCGAGGUGAAGAAAUUCAACGAGUGGCUGGGCAGCCUGCCCUACGAGUACAAGAUCGUGAUCGCUGGCAACCACGAGCUGACCUUCGACCAGGAGUUCAUGGCCGACCUCAUCAAGCAGGACUUCUACUACUUCCCAUCUGUGUCGAAGCUGAAGCCCGAGAACUACGAGAACGUGCAGUCCUUGCUGACCAACUGCAUCUACUUGCAGGACUCGGAGGUCACCGUGCGGGGCUUCCGGAUCUACGGCUCCCCAUGGCAGCCCUGGUUUUACGGCUGGGGCUUCAACCUGCCGCGAGGCCAGGCCCUGCUGGAGAAAUGGAACCUCAUCCCCGAGGGCGUGGACGUCCUGAUCACGCAUGGCCCUCCACUGGGCUUCCUGGACUGGGUCCCCAAGAAGAUGCAGCGGGUGGGCUGCGUGGAGCUGCUCAACACAGUGCAGAGACGCGUCCAGCCGCGGCUGCACGUCUUCGGCCACAUCCACGAAGGCUAUGGUGUCAUGGCGGAUGGGACGACCACCUACGUGAAUGCAUCCGUGUGCACUGUGAACUACCAGCCUGUGAACCCGCCUGUCGUCAUCGACUUACCCACACCCCGGAACUCCUGACUGUCCCCUGCUGCCCAGCCCUGCCUGCCUGCACCAGCUGCAUUGCCCGGCC